UGGACGAUCCGCCCGUCGUCCUCCCCCUACUUAGCUUCCCCUCCCCGUCUCUCCCCCUCUUCCUCCCCCCCUUCACCUCGAGCGAUCACGGAGAGGAGAACCACAGGUAGACGAGCCCCUCGCGCCCCCAAAUCCUCGGCCCUUCCCCGCUUCAAUUGGAGUCGCAGGGGAGGUACCGGAUCGAGCUUCCCGGUCGGCAUGGUGCCCAGGGACAUGGUGAAUGCCCCCGCCGAGAGGCUGCACGACCAAGGGUCUGUCGUGAACAGGAAGUGUGAGAAGGUGCCAAAGAAAAUCCAUAAGUCGGAGAGGGAGAAACGGAAGCGAGGCACGCAGAAUGACCUCUUUAAUGAGCUGGGAGCCAUGCUAGAACCAGACAGGCAGAACAACGGGAAGGCAUGUGUAUUGGGUGACACUACACGGAUACUGAAGGAUUUAGUUUCACAAGUGGAAUCUCUUCGGAAGGAGAAUAGCACACUGAAGAAUGAAUCUCACUAUGUUGUGUUGGAGAGAAAUGAACUGCGUGAUGACAACAGCAUGCUUCGCAAUGAAAUCCUGGAGCUUCAGAACAAGCUUAGAAUGCGUCUGCAGAGCAACCCUAUUUGGAGCCAGGAUACUACUACAAGAUCAGCCGUUGCAGUACCUUAUCCCACAAGCGGAGUGUUCCCAGUACAGCAUUCGCCACAUUCACCAGUCAUCACCUCGACAGCACUUUCUCUGCAUCCCGUAAUCACUGAGCAAUGCUAUGCUGCCCCACCACGAGAGCUGCAGCUCUUCCCGGAAGCUUCAUCUGCAUCCACUGAAGACAGCGAACUGUCACAAGACCAGGGGAUUUCCAAUAGUGUGACGCGGCCCCAGGCACGGUACCCAACACCAGCGGUGAUGUCACCAGUAAACGAAUUCCCAAUCCUUCCAAGGAUGGGAGAAGAGCAACAAUAUAGUAGUGGCACUAGUGAGGAGGUUUAAGUACAUAACACAAUUUGCUUCACCGUUUGUGAAGUUUCCGUAGUGUGAGUGGAGUGUGUUUCUGUGCAACAGAUACAUACGCAGAUGUGCAUGUAAACUCCAAUCUGUCUCCGAAUCUUUAUCUUAACGGGUUAAAUAGGUGAUAAUAAAAACUGCUUUACCCCUGAA